CUUGAAGCGACUAUGGCGGGAGGAAUGAAAGUGGCAGUUUCGCUGGCAGUUGGUCCCGGGCCCUGGGGCUGGGGGUCCGGGGGCGGUGGGGCAGUGCGGCUGCUUCUGGUUCUCUCCGGCUGCUUGGUCUGCGGCGCAGCUGGAACUGGUAUACAUAUGGUCAUGCUUCAGGAAUCCAAAGUUUAUUAUAGUACCAGCCAACAGUUCUGUUAUAAAAACGUGCUUGUCCCAAAGUGGCAUGAUAUAUGGACACGGAUACAGAUCCGAGUAAAUAGUUCCAAAUUGGUACGAGUCACCCAGGUGGAGAGUGAGGAGAAACUGAAGGAGCUGGAGCAAAGUCAACUUUUCUACUAUUCCACGGGAAUGAGUGUGGGAAUUGUGGCCUCUCUACUAAUCAUCAUUUUUAUACUGUCCAAGUUUAUGCCCAAGAAAAGCCCUAUUUACGUCAUCCUGGUGGGAGGCUGGUCCUUUUCUCUGUACCUCAUUCAACUAGUUUUUAGAAAUUUACAAGAGAUCUGGAGGUGUUAUUGGCAGUAUCUUUUAAGUUAUGUCUUCAUAGUUGGAUUCCUGAGUUUUGCAGUGUGUUAUAAGUAUGGGCCCUUGGAGAAUGAACGAAGCAUCAACCUCCUGACCUGGACCUUGCAGCUAAUGGGCCUGUGUCUCAUGUAUUCUGGCAUCCAGAUACCACACAUUGCCUUUGGCAUUAUCAUCAUUGCCCUGUGCACCAAGAACCUGGAGUAUCCUGUUCAGUGGCUGUACAUCACCUACAGAAAGAUGUAUAAGGCAACAGAAAAGCCUGUCCCUCCUCGUCUUCUGACAGAAGAAGAGUAUCGGCUACAAGGAGAGGUGGAGACACGAAAGGCUUUGCAGGAACUUCGAGAACACUGCAAAAGCCCAGAUUGCUCUGCUUGGAAGACUAUUACUCGAAUUCAGUCUCCAAAAAGAUUUGCUGACUUUGUGGAAGGCUCCUACCACCUCACACCAAAUGAGGUUUCUGUUCAUGAACAAGAGUAUGGAUUAGGAAGCAUAUUUCAGCAGAAUCAACUCUUUGAGGAUACAUCCUCUGAGGAGGAGAACUCAGAUGCUGGGUACCCCACUAUCACACAGAACAAUGUCAUGGCUUAGGUGGUGCUCAGUUAUUUUCAUGUGAACUGGCUUGAUACCUGGGAUGAUGGUCCAUGUUGUGUGUGUUAUGCAAUUGCCUCUCAACCCUUUGAAAUAGAAUGAGAUAGUACAGGAAUUUUCCCACUGAAAUUAGAGGCUUGAGUAGGCCUCCCUUUGCAGCUGGGCUAGAUGGUCUCUAUGGGAUUCCUGGGGACAGAAGGUGAGUAAAGUAAUGAAUGCUGCUGGCAGUUUGCUUCCCAUUGGUUGAGCUCUCAGCCCACCUUUAUGUUCCCAAAGAAAUUGACGGCUAGAAUGCCAUGCACAGCUAGCAU